AUGAAAUUAACUUAUGCUGAAGUCGUGAAAAAAAAUACACAGUGUUUGAACGCAGUUUUUCAAAACUUGGCCAAUCACAGUGUUUAAAACUAGAAGCGCCGCCGUUGUCCGGUGGCCAUAUUGAGGGACAGAGCAGCUCGAACGGUGUUGAAGUGACGAGCAGGCAGGAGCGUCCCCAGUUAGGCUUACGUCUGAGUGAUGGCUUGUGCGACAUUAAAGCGGACACAUGACUGGGACCCCUUGCACAGUCCGAGUGGCAGAUCGCCGAAGCGACGCCGAUGUAUGCCUCUGUCCCCGCCUCCUACAAGGGCGCACCAGAUCGAUCCCUCGCCCUUCGGAGACGUGCCACCAAAGUUGACUUCAGAGGAGAUAGCAGCCAACAUCCGUGAGGAGAUGCGACGGCUACAACGGCGCAAGCAGCUCUGUUUCCAGGGCGCUGACCCUGAAUCCCAGCAUACCAGUGGUCUCUCGUCACCAGUGCAUCGAGACCAGCCCCUGUUCACGUUCCGCCAGGUUGGGCUCAUUUGCGAACGAAUGAUGAAGGAGCGAGAGAGCAAGAUACGGGAGGAGUAUGACCAUGUGCUAUCUACCAAACUCGCAGAACAGUACGACACAUUUGUUAAAUUUACCUACGACCAAAUUCAGAAGCGGUUUGAAGGUGCCACGCCCAGCUAUUUGUCGUAACAGUCGAAGAAGGACUCCUCCUCUGCAGCAGGCAACAUGAUCCAGCUGAGCAUGCCGGCCCUGAUUUGGCAGUGACUUGCACACAAACUGCUGGUGCAUUCAUUCCUCAACAUCUACAAGCCCUACUGUGUUGGCAAUGUGUGUGCUGUUGCCACCUGUGAUGACGUGCAAGACUGCUUUUGUAUGCCAAGGAGUGAAGUUUUAGUCACGUUUUCUAUGGUGGUGCAUUACGAUUGCUUACUUCUUUCUGAAUGAACGCUUAUGUUUUUGCACCGUUGGAUACUGCAGCUGCCAAGGGGUGGCUUCACAAUUAACUUAGUGUACAGAUGUAUAAUAUAUAAAUGCACUGCAGGGUGUGCAUGCCAAGCUUAAUGCAUUACUUUUCUACCACUGUGCUUUUUCUUGCCCUUGCUUUCGCAAUGUUUGACUGGCUCAUGUACAUAGGUUAGCAUGAAUUUAGCCACAUUACUCCUCGGUCUUAAAAUGCCGACUGCCCAGUGCUUCAUUGGUAGUGUAUGGAGAACGCCUGUAAAUGUGGUUUCUAGGAUUGUAAAUGCCAGGUCUUUCACAUGCAUUGGCUCUCGAGUUGGGAUGAGGUCAACAUUAGAUCAUCGCUGAAGUAUUUGCAAGUUUGCUUUUUUUAUGCUUUCAUUUGCUUUUCAGAUUUGUGUAAACUGGAUGGUAUUAGAAUAAAUCACUUGAGAUACACGUC